GGCGGUGUUGGAGGAGGGGUAGGGAUGGUGCAGACGCGAUAGGGGGUGGAACUUGGGUGACGCGCUGGCUGAUGGAGAGGAGGAGGGGGGCGUUGCAGUAUUUAAGAUGGGACCCAAAGCUGUCCCCUGCCAGAAUCCCCCCUGAAGUCAAGGCGUUCACAAUGGCAGACUCCAAGAGCAGCACGAAGAUCCUUAUGAUCGACCCCUCGCUGGUGUUCCGGCCGGAGGAGGCGGUGAAAGAGAGCGGUGACUGGCAGUUCAGGACCUUUGAUGAGAACUCGACCGACCCGCAGCAGAUGAUGGUCAAAAACACAUACCUACAGAUGCACACCCAUCAAUGCGUCGACUACGUGAAGAGGAAGCACAAGGAGUGGGGUCAGUUCAACAAGUUCGAGGCCACGAUCAUGGAGGCGUUGGAGAAGCUGAACGACCUGAUGGACGAGAGUGACCCGGAUGUCGACGUUCCCAACCACAUCCACGCCUUCCAGACCGCCGAGCGUCUGCGUGAGGCCCACCCCGACAAGGACUGGCUGCACCUGACGGGCCUCCUCCACGACUUGGGGAAGGUGAUGGUCUUCUACGGGGAGCCCCAGUGGUCCACGGUGGGAGACACGUUCGCGGUGGGCUGCGAGUUCUCUCCCUCCAUCGUGUACCGAAACUCAACCUUCCACGACAACCCCGACCUCAACAACCCUAAAUUUAACACCAAGUACGGGAUGUAUGAACCGAACUGUGGCCUGGAGAAGGUGUACAUCUCCUGGGGUCACGACGAGUACAUGUACCAGGUUCUGAAGCACAACAAAUGUACACUGCCGGAGGAGGCCAUGUACAUCAUCAGGUUCCACUCGUUCUACCCGUGGCACGGCAGCGGGGAUUACUACCACCUCUGCGACAACCGUGACAUGGAGAUGCUACCCUGGAUCAAGGAGUUCAACAAAUUCGACCUGUACACCAAGAAGCAGAAGAUCCCCGACAUGAAGGCGCUGCAGCCCUACUACCAGAGCCUCGUCGACAAGUACUGCCCCGGCAAACUCAAGUGGUAGCGGCCUCCCCCUCUGCCUCGCCCCUGGCAUCCUCACCUCCCUCCUCCUCCCCUGCACCAAAGAGAGGCAGAUACAGGCUGGGUGGGGGCUCGUCGGAUGAGGAUCAGCUGUGACGUGUGUUCUUUGUGGAGUGUUUGGGAGAAAGAUGAUUUAUGGGACUCGAGGAGCUUUGGGACAAGAACCUGUGGGCGGCGGAGGAGGGUAGAGGUUGUCGGCUCAGCGCCCGCCCGCCCGCCCGCCCUGCCCCGCACCCACCCGUGACUAGUGUAUCAUUAGUCGCUUGUUUAUCUCGAGUGUCGUGUUGUUUCGUGUAGUUUGCUUGACUGCGCUGGUUGUUGUUGUCCCGCACUGUGGUUCGUACAAACACUAAAGUGCUUCUGGAUUCAGUGGCGUACCUAGGGAUCUACAUAUGGAAUUAUCCGAUUUGCCAUAUUUCCUUGCAUUUUCUUUAUUUCAAAAUCUCGUAUGGUGGCCUAUGGGGGAGCAGGUUCUUGACCCCCCAAACCCCCGUUACCCCGUCGCUACGCCUCAGUCUGGAUCUCGAGUCUUGCGGUAGUCAGCCCUAAAGUGGUGUGUCUUGUGCUGCGUUUUCUUUCGUCCGUGCCGUGUGCACCAAUUUACCUGAUUUUCUUAGAUGUUGGCAGUGUAGGAACCAAAACUAUGUUGCUUAUGAUAUGAUUAAAAUAACAGAACGC